ACUGCUUCUAACAUAAAGACUCGCUGUGUCCUAGAUUGCCUGUGUACUGGUAGAAACCACUCAGGUGGGUGUUGCGUGUGCUGCGUGUUCUGUGCUGGCAUGCAGGUGCGGAGUGCUGUCGUGGCCCCAUCUCUGCCUGAGGCAGAGGCCGAGCUUCACCUUGAUAGCAACUGAACGAGUCUUGGCGCGGCUGUUUACCAACAACAGUUCAUCACAACGAGUUACUAAUGUAUAUCCUCAUAAUACACGACCAGCCAAAAUGUCCCUGCUAGAAAACCAUCUCGAGCAAAUCUCGCUCUCAGCGCACGCCAUCUCCGAGCUUUCAUUCCCCCCGCCCAAGCGCUUCACGAACGCAUUACUCAACACGCCCGACAUCACCACGCUGAUCCGCGACACGGAAGUGCAUGAACGGGCACUCUUCACGCUAGACCAAUCCAGUAAACCGUCCCAGCGACGCGCCACACGACGAGGGACUUCCUUCCCCAUUGAACCCCAAGGCGAGACCAUGGCGAGUCGCAUCUACGCGGCCAGAAAUAAUCGGCACCAGUCCGCUGUUGCGCGGGUGCUAGGCAAUGACAUGAUGGACGAAAUCAAACGUUCAACGGGGUCAUCGACACGUGCUGCACGGGGGGAGAUCAACAUCGACGUUCUCCUGAAAGGUGCCGAGAUAUUAUGCAACGUCUACCCUGUCCCCGGCGCACCCGAAAAAAUAUCGAAUUUGCGCUACCGCUAUUCCCAAAUCACCGCAUCGCUCGAGCAGCUCGAAGCGCGCGUGGCCGAGAACACUGCAGAGCUAGAGCGAAUAAAUGAAGCGUAUGAUAAGGAUGAAUUCGACUUUGCUGAUUCUCAACCACAAGAUACGCAGGUUACAGACGACGAUAUUGAGAAGGAAUUAGAAGAGAUUCGGGAGCUGGAAAGACGCAAAAGGACGUUGGAGGAGCGAGUGACGGGGAUCGAGCGGGAUUUGGGGGAGUUGAUGAGGUGAUUUAUGAUUUUUGGUAGCCUACAACACGCCUUUAUGCCGUCCUGGAGCAGGAGAACCAGCCCGAUUCCAUCAUACAUGUUCAACUUGCAGAGGGAGAUCUUGCGAUCGUCUGAGAGAUGCAAGAAUUUCGAUGAGCGGCACCUGAAGACACAACGACCUGCUUUCUUGCUUAGAAAUAUGAUGUGCUUUGAAAUAGGAGAUUCUGUGAUGCAGGACUUGAAUCCCACACACAUCUCACUCCAAGGUCCUCCAAAGUUAUACCAAAAGCUAUGCUCAGGCACUACCAUCAGGCUGCUCAUCUAACCCAGCUACUAUCUGUUUAUCUGUACUACGAACAGAAUCCAUGUACAUAUUGAAUAGACGCAUCGUAAAUCCCAGAACAAAGUUAUUACUCAGCCC